AUGAACAGCGCGAGCGAGGCCGUCCCGAUGCUUUCGGCGCCAGCACAACAUGAUGAGGAAGCACCGGGACAGCCGACAUGGCUCGGCCAGGCCAAGAUCAGAGGAGCCUACAGUUGGCUUCGGUACUGUCUACUGACGGUAUCCAUGCUCGGCCUGCAGCUCAUCUGGUCUACCGAGAUGGCAUUCGCUUCGCCCUUUUUGGUUUCGCUGGGCAUGUCAAAGUCACUCAUGUCGCUCGUCUUCCUCGCUGGCCCCCUGUCUGGCUUGAUCAUGCAACCUCUCAUCGGCUCAGUAGCCGAUCGAUGCAAACUCAGACUCGGUAGACGACGACCUUUCAUGCUCGGCGGCAGUCUCGUGUGCGCGUUUGCCUUGCUUAUGCUGGGCUUUGCAAAGCAAAUUGCAGGCUGGUCGACCUCAGAGGGCUCAAGAGCAAACGCGACCUUGUCUAUCUGCAUCGCCGUCUUUGCAAUCUACUUGGUCGACUUUAGCAUCAACGCGGUACAGGCCAGUGACCGCGCGCUCGUCGUGGAUACACUGCCCGCGCAACACCAGCAAGAAGCCAAUGUCUACGCGGCUGCCAUGUUUGGUGUCGGCGCUGUCAUUGGCUUCUUUGUCGGUAACAUCGAUCUGGUCAAACUGUUGCCCCUUUUCGGCUCGUCUCAGCUACAGAUCUUGUCCAUUCUGGCUAGCUUCUUCCUCAUCGUCGCUCAUUGCAUCACGGCAUUCGCGGUCAGCGAGCGCGUCUUGCUACAGGAUGCGCCGGGUACCCAGACUGGCUUUCUACAUAUGUUCAAGACGAUCUACACCACAUUUUGGAUGAUGCCCAAUGUCAUUCGCAAGAUUUGCUUCAUACAACUCGCAUCCUGGGUUGGCUGGUUCCCGAUACUGUUCUUCGCGUCCCUUUACGUCGGAGAGAUAUACGAUCGAAAGCACACGACGACAGUCUCUGACCCGAGAGAAGUCUCGCAAGCUGCCGAGCGAGCGGGCAGUCGUGCAAUGCUCUGGCACGCAAUCAUCGCCCUGGCCACAUCGAUCAUCAUGCCAUAUUUUGUACGACCUUCCAUGGGUCCUUCGCGUGUCGAGCUCCUGAGUCAAUGGACACCACCACAAGAUUCAUCACUUGUCAGCCAUCUGAUAAGGACAGCAAAGGCAUUUAGCUCGAGAUUGCCAACUCUGCCGUUACCUUGGCUUACUUUGACAGUGACAUGGUUUAUAUCACAGAUUGUCUUCACCCUGCUGAUGCUUGCGACAUUCGUAGUCGACUCAGUCUUUGGCGCGAGCACAAUCAUCGCUUUGACAGGCUUCUGCUUCGCUAUCACCAACUGGUGUCCCGUCACGCUUAUCUCGCAAGCAAUUCUGCAUGACACGUCCAACGUGACAGAUAUGCAGCCGCCUGCAACGCCCGGCAUGGAGAACUUUGCUCUACUCCAGCCUAGAGAGCGCUCGCAUUCGCUACACUCGGCAAUGUCUCAGCAAAGCAAUGGACUAUCUGCACCUCUUGCCACACCGGACGGCAAGACUUCGCCGACGUCAGGCUAUACGCCUACGCCGCAAGCGAGAGUCUUGACGAUUCAUCACGAUGACUCGCUCGAUUUCGAUGAAGAUGCCACUCGUCUUAGAGCAGAGAUUGCUAUGCGCACAUUUGCCCUCAAGAAAGACAAUAACGCUUCACAGUCAAGCUCGUCUACGGCCGCCCAGGCGGGCGUGAUCCUCGGGAUUCACAACAUUUUCAUCGUCAUUCCACAACUGCUCGUGUCCUUCUUGUCGUCGUUGAUCUUCGCGUUUUUGACGCCGCAAGCAUCGGGCGAGACCGACAUUGCUCCCCAGGCAUCUUGGAAUGGCGUCGCGGUCAUCUUCAGACUGGGCGGAUUGUCGGCCGCUGUGGCCGCGUACAUGACAUGGAGACUGAGCAAGACUAUCUAG